AUGAAUGCCUUAAACAAAUCCAACAAUAGAUCCAAUAAUACUCCAGCUCAAGCAUCUAAUCAUAAGAGGAAGAGAUCAGAUGUAGCAUUAAUGAGUAUAACACCAAGAAAGGAAAGCAAUAAUGAGCCUUUGAAAAGAGUAAAGCCGACUAUUGACUUGACUGUAGUUUUGCAAAAAGUCUAAAAUAUUCUUGCCUGCAUCAAUAUUGAAUCAUAAAUGAUCAGUCUAAAUGAUAAGGGAAUUGAUGAUGAUUGUUUGUCAUUGAUAGUUUAGGAAUUAUAUGUAAAGAAUAAUCAAAUUAGAAUUCUAUCCUUGAACAAUAAUUUGAUUGGAGACCGUGGAGCACAAGUGCUUUCAGAAUUUAUCCCUAAAUUUAAGUGUCUUGAAAUUCUUUACCUAAAUGGUAAUCAUUUGAGCAAUCUUAGCGUCGAAAAAUUGAUCAUUUCAAUCUAACAGAUUAAUCACAGUAUUAAGGUCAUUAAUUUGGAAAAGAACAAUGUCAACAAGCAGUAACUUGAAAGUAUUGGAAUUGAUUUGUCGAAAGGCCAAUUUAAGAUAUGA